AUGCGGGCGGCGCUUUGGUGGCUCUGGGCAGCGCUGGUGGCCGCGGGGAGCAGCCGGCCCCGGCUCCGCCUGUCCUACAGCGAGCUGCUGAGCACCAACCGCUCCGUCCUCCUGCUCGGCCUCCRCGGGCCCGUGGGCCUCCGCAGCCUCCACCUGGACGAGUACCGCGAGCGGCUCUUCGUGGGCGCCAAGGACGCGCUCUACUCGCUGCGGCUGGACCGGCCCGGCGCCGGCGCCAGGGAGAUCCACUGGCCGCCCGGCCCCGGGCAGGUGGAGGAGUGUGUCCGCAAGGGCAAGGACCCCGUGACCGAGUGCGCCAACUUCGUGCGCCUGCUGCAGCCCUACAACCGGAGCCACGCGCUGGCCUGCGGCACGGGCGCCUUCCGCCCGCUCUGCGCCUUCGUCUACGUGGGGCGCCGCGGCGAGCCCAAGUUCGUGGCGGCCUUCGGCAUCCCCGACAGCGACGACCGYGACGACGACAAGGUCUAUUUCUUCUUCACCGAGACGGUGGCCGAGGGCAAGGAGCGCGCCGUGCUGAGCCGCGUGGCGCGCGUCUGCGUGAACGACGCGGGCGGACAGCGGGUGCUGGUGAACAAGUGGAGCACCUUCAGCAAGGCGCGCCUGGUGUGCUCCGUGCCGGGCCCCGGCGGCAUCGACACCCACUUCGACGAGCUGGAGGACGUCUUCUUGCUGAGGACGAAAGACGAGAAGAACCCCGAAAUCUUUGCGCUCUUCAGCACCGUGAGCCACGUGUUCCGGGGCUUUGCCGUGUGCGCCUACCGCAUGGCCGACGUCCGCGACGCCUUCAAGGGGCCCUUCGCCCACCGCGACAGCCCCCUGCACCAGUGGGCCGCCUACGAGGGCCGCGUGCCCUACCCGCGGCCCRGCGCGUGCCCCAGCAAGACCACGAGCCAGCCCGGGCAGCAGUUCGGCUCCACCAAGGACUACCCGGACGAGGUGCUGCGCUUCGCCCGCGCGCACCCGCUCAUGCAGCGGCCCGUGGCGCCGCGGCACGGCCGGCCCCUGCUGCUCGAGACCGCGGCGCCGCACGGCGCGCACCGCCUCGCCGUGGACCGCGUGGAGGCCGAGGACGGCCCCUACGACGUCCUCUUCCUCGGCACKGACGCCGGCUCGGUGCUGAAGAUCGCAGUGCCGCAGCGCGCGCCCGCCGCGGACCACACCGUCCUGGAGGAGAUGCAGGUUUUUAAGACGCCCGUGCCCAUCACGCACAUGGAGCUCUCCGUCAAGCGCCAAACGCUGUACGUGGGCGCGGGCCCCGGCGUGGCGCGGCUGCGGCUGCACCGCUGCGCGGGCUACGGGCCGGCGUGCGCCGAGUGCUGCCUGGCGCGCGAUCCCUACUGCGCCUGGGACGGCGCCGCCUGCGCCCGCUACCAGCCGGCGGCCAAGCGGCGCCCGCGGCGCCAGGACGCGGAUGCGGUAUCCGGCACCGUGCACCGCUGCCUGCAGCACAACGGCACCGCGGAGCCGCCGGAGCGGGUGCUGUACGGCGCGGAGCACAGCGGCACGUUCCUGGAGUGCGCGCCGCGCUCGCCGCUCGCCGCCGUGCGCUGGCUCGUGCAGAGGCCGCCCGACGCGCGGCCGCGCCAGGUGGAGCUGGACGAGCGCGUGGUGCAGACGGAGCAGGGGCUGCUGAUCCGGCGGCUGCGCGGCGCCGACGCCGGCGUGUACACGUGCCGCGCGCUGGAGCGCGGCGUGGCGCUGAGCGUGGCGCGCACGGCGCUGCGCGGGUGUCAUUGA